CACACGAUGGAGUGACAGGAGUCUUUCUAUAGUUAUUGUGUUUUAAAGUGAAGAGUCAGUUAAGUGUGGCUAAUGUCGGGCAAAAAUCGUACAUAGUAGCAUUCACUUUAAUGAACUUUUAUGGUUUACGACUAGAUGCCAACUGCGCUACAUGACAACUUUUCGAUGACAUCUCUGUUGUGCUUGUUCUCAUUUCUGAAUGAAGUAGAUUCACAUAAGGAUAACAUUAAUUGUUCUUUGUUGGAUUAUGAGUUGGUCUACCUGUGUCUGUGUCUGUCUUAAAGAAGACAUGUCAUUGUGACUUGCAACGAGGUCGAGUGACAUUGGCGAGAGACACGAAUUUUAAAGUCAAUACUUACUUAAAGGGAUGGUUGCGUGGUAGUAAACGUGGUUGAAAUACUGUUGGCUGGGAGUUCGAAUCCCUGAGUGGCUGGACUGAACCAUGAGUGUACACAUACGUGAAUGUUUGUCCAGCAACGGGUCUCUGCUGUUCACUGAGGUCCUCCAACUAGAUAGCGUCCCUUCUUUAACAUUGAAUAAGUCUGGGGAUCAACUUAGCAACGCAUCAACUCCAACAAACUGGGAAAUACAUUCUGGACUCACGUUUGGUCAAGGCGUGAACUGCAGCGUUUAUAAGGUCGACCUUCCCAGGGAGAUGACCUUCAACGAAGAGACCUUGAUCUCCGUGGUCGCCUACUGCUGUAUCUUCCUGAUCGCCCUCGUUGGAAACCUGAUGGUGUUCACCACCCUGUGGGGGGACAGGCGCUCCCGCGUCAACCUCUGCAUCCUGCAUCUUUCAGUGGCGGAUCUAUUUGUGGCCUGCAUCUUCUUGCCUCUUGAGGUCACGUGGCACAUUACAGUGUCGUGGCGAGCAGGGGAUAUGGUGUGUAGGCUUUGCAUGCUUCUGCGGGCAUAUGGUUUUUAUCUCUCUUCCUAUAUCACCGUGGUCAUCGCCAUUGACCGCUACAUGUCCAUCGUCCAUCCGCUCGUUCUCAGCUGUUCUAUCAAAAGGUGCAAGAUAAUGCUGACCUCAGCCUACGUCAUCAGCUUCCUCUUCAGUCUGCCUCAGAGCGUCAUAUUUCACCUGGAGUACCAUCCAGUGUUCACGUGGUUCUCCCAGUGCAUUACGUUCCACUUCUUCUCGAGUGACCUGGACGAGAUGGUCUACGACGUGUUCGUCUUCGUGGCAGUCUACGCAGCGCCCUUGCUUAUCAUGGUGACCAUGUACACGCUCAUACUGAUCAAAUUGUGUCGACAACACACCAAGCAUGAUGUUACUGGCAAGCCUUCCAGCCACGCUAUCAAACGUUUAAUACAAGAAACUUUGCCAGCACACUUGCACCCACGGCUGCGCUGCUCAAGGACAGGCUAUUUAAUGAAAGCAAGAAUGAAAACUUUCAAAAUGACACUGUGUAUAGUUUGUGCCUUUAUUCUGUGCUGGACGCCAAACUUCCUGGUCAUUCUCUACUAUUGGUUAGCCAAAGACUCAGCCUCUCAGAUGGACAGUAAAACUAAACGAAUACUUUUGAUCUUCGCCGUCUCCAAUUCCUGUUUAGACCCUCUCAUCUAUGGGAUGUUCACCACCUCAUUUCAAAGAAAGUUCAAAAAGUGGAAAGAAUAUGUCUAUCAAAUAUUUACUCCUUGAACUGUCCAACCAAGAACGUGUUUGAACUUCUCCUCGAAAACAACAAGCCAGGUUGCUGUGACAUGGGUCAGGUCUCUUGCAGAUCUUUAGCAACAGAAAACUCAACAGAAAUCAAUGAGCACAAUUUAGAAGAUCCUUUUAAUGAUUGUGGUAUGAAAAAAAAAAUGUAUCUGAGUAAACACCAAGAAAAUUACGAAUUGUUUAUAUUUAUAACUUGUUUUUAUUGACAUAGUUUUAACAAUGGUACAGAUUUUUAAUCAUCUUCCAAAAAUAAUAUUGGACCAUAAUUUGUUAGUCUUUUGUGUUCUUGUAUUUUGAGAAUGUAUACUGAAUAGAAGAAGAAAAGAUAAUUAUUAUAAAAAAAAAUAUUGUUUUAAAGCUAAAUCAUUUAUCAAAGUUAUAUUGACCUUAAGAAGAUAUCUAGAUUAGAUUAGCAUCUGGCGAAGAUUUAGAAGUAGGCCUACUUGUCACAGUCAUGUAACCAGGUCAAUCCUCUCUAUAGAGACUUAAACUCCCUGACAAACUGACUGAUUCACCACUUAUUCUCCAACUUCAUGUGGACGAAAACAUAUGAAGAAACAGUAAACCAUUUUCACGAUCGAUGCCGCAGCGGGUUACAUUUACCAAAAGCGAUUUUUUUUUUCAUUCGCAAUUUCCAAUAUGUUUUAGAAAGAAAACUUUCUUUGGCUGCAUUGUUUAAACUCUUUUCGAUGUGUAACUUUCUGUAACACUCCUUGGAGCGUAGCUUGCUCAUUUUUUAAAUAUUUUUUUUUACCGAUACCUAUCCCUUAGUCUGUUGGACCGUUGGGGCACCAAGCAAGACUCGUCGACCAUCUUUCUCCAUUUUUCUAUGUCAGUCAAAACUGGAACAGAGUCUAGUUCCAAAAAAGCUUUAUAGUGAUGUGAUGUUGAGGGCUGGAAACUAGGGGGCUCUUAUAGUGAUGACAUGUUGAGGGCUGGAAACUAGGGGGCUCUUAUAGUGAUGACAUGUUGAGGGCUGGAAACUAGGGGGCUCCUUGUGUGAGUUGAAGGCAGCAACUGAACUGUUCCGAAGCAGCUUUCAAGUAUUUCCUAGAGGACAGCUAGAAGAAGUAAUGUAUGUGGGAAGUCUUCGAGUUAGUGGCUAGCCUUUCACCUAGAGUCAUUUUGAAAGUUAUAUUAUUACUCAUCAUAAAAUUAAAUUUGGCUUGCAGCUUUUUUAUUUUAAUCACUGGAAAUUCCCGCAUGAAUUCAUUAAAGAGUUUAAAAAAAAAAACAAAAAGAAAUUAGUCGUUCAGGAAUAGUGAGAACAGUCUAAUGUAGAAUUCAUGAGUUGGGCUGAUAGAUAGAAUUAGUGACAAUAUGGUUUGUUUUCGAGUCCGAAGAUCAGUGAGGAAUGCAGUAUUUCCCGUGGUUGCGCAACCCCAUCUGUGACCUACAUAUUUUGCCACACUCAGGGCAAGCAUAACCAUUGUCCGCAGGUGGUCGAUUUAGAUUUUCUUUUCGCCGUCUGCGUCUGUCCUCGGCAGCAGAUUUUCUUUUGGUCUCAAAUGUGUAUCCCGCGGUCUUUGUGAGUGACCUCCAGCUGUCUCGUUGUGAGGCCGCAUGCAACCAGGUGCUCUCUUCUAUGUCAGCUAAGGCAAGUUGGCGCCUAAGCUGGUCUUUGAAGCGUUUCCGUGGGGCGCCUCUGUUACGUCGACCACCUUUUAGCUCACCAAAAAAAGACUGCCUUUGGCGUAAGUUCAUCCCCCAUACAGGAAACGUGCCUUGCACAGCGUAACUGUCGGACCAUAAGAAGUCCCUCUAUACUGUCCAUACUGAGACAAUAUACAAAUGUAUAUAAAACUUAUACAAUUAAUUAAUACACAUUAUCAAUACUAUAUCGCUAAGUAAAUCUAAUAUUCUAGUCAAGACUAAUGUCUUUAAAUGUUGUUGUUUUUUUGUAAAUCUGGACUUGUAUUAUCAAACUAUAACUUUCUGUAUGAGCUAUAUUUAUAUUUGGGAACAAAUAGGUUUUGUUUGGAAAAGGGGGAGGGGGGAAUGGCCCCUUUUUAUUUGACGUAAUCAUUUAUUUAUUAAGAGCAAAGUAAUCGCUCUUACAAAAAGGCAUCAGUUCAUAAAGGGGAGGGGGGGUUUUCUUUAAAAAAAAAAUAUUUGUAUUCUCCUUGUUUUAAUAAUUAAAAAAAAAAUAUAAUGACUCCAUGUGCCUGACUCCUAUUGUUUCCUAUGUAGAGUGGAAAGAGACAUUGUCUUGUAUCUGUUUGUCUAGUUACACUCUAGCAAACCUUGUAGGCUACUUAGAAUUGUGUUUACAUUUUGGUGUUUUAAGACAUGAUUUAUUCUUAAAACUAUGCAAAUAUUCCAUUCCGCACUUAUUCUUAAUGUUUGGAGUCUAAGACAAUGCCUUAUUAUUAUGCAAAUUUUUUAAACCAUGAAAAGUAUCACAAUUUUGAAUUAGCAUUUUUUUAAGAGUCAUUAUAUCAUUGAUUUUAUAUGUUGGAAAGUCACAUGCUCUGAAGGGAAUACAAAAAAUAAACACUGUGAAUGACAUUGUAAUGCCUAACAUUAUUGCUCUUUUCAUGUUCCAAAUAAAAAAAAUGAACUCAAUUAUAAUUUAAAAUUUUUAAGAUAAUUUCUGACUCUUUUAUGGUAAUGUUUGAUAACUUAUAAGAAUAAGUAUUGCAACUUAUUAAUAACAAUUUCUAAUUCAUUAAUGCUACAACAAAUGUGUACAAGUGCUCUUACUUCCCUAGUGCCAUUAGAGAAUGGAAUGGGUUGCCUGAAUCAGCCAGGAAAACCAACGACUUAGCAGAGUUUCAGUCAUUGAUUAACAUGCAUGACUAGUUUGACACAUGAAAUGUGUAGGACAUAGUUAUCUUCUUUUUUUGAAGUAACGUCUGUAAUAUACAAGAUAACAAAUGCCUGGUGAAUAGUACCAGCAUAAGUGGUCAUGUGAUUAUUAUAAAUAAACAUUAAUCGGACCAUGGAUGAUUGGUUGUUUAACUAUGUACAUUUCUUAUUUUAUCUAGAUCUGGUCGCUUAUACCAAAACAUACUAGACUAUUACACCUGACCCUAGCCCUAACAAGUCUUAACGUGUAUUUUCAAGGGUCUAAUGUCAAUAAAGAUAUCACAUGACUUUUCCCAAACUUGCAAUGAGUUCAAUUCAAAACAUUCCUUUCAUAUGAUAUCAUUAUGUGCAUUUGUUCUUAACAACUUAGAAUAUCAGAUCAAUAUGUCAAAACACAAAACUAGAAUUCUUCAACGAAAAAAAACACUUCUUAAUUUUUUUUUAUGAAAUGUGCCUCUACAGAAAAAAAAUGUUUUCAUUUUUUUUAUCAAUGUGUAUCACUGCCUUAGACUUGUAUCUAUACAAUUUUUCAUAUUCUUUUUGUAACAGGCAAUGCAAAGUUAAUAAAUUAUUUGUA